GCCUAAUGCGGGCCGCAUCGGAAGAUCCCGGCUUGAGCGCUUGGACCUUUGCGUCUGCCAGGCGUUCGCUGCUCGCGCGCCGUGUCAAGCUGGCAGCCCAGUGUCAGCCUACCUCAGCAACCUCGCCACCGCCAUCUGCGCUCCUGAGCCCGCCGGCAUUGCCGCCCUGAGUCUCGAGACUGACAGUCAGCCUCGAGACUGGCAGUGUGUAUGCGGCCUCGCCCCUGCUCCCUCGUGCUCUCGUCCCCCUCGCGCUCUGGUGUCCUGCCCUUGCUCUCGCACUCUCGCGUUCUGCCCUCGCGCUCAUCCCCAUCUGGCCCGUCGCGCACCGGCUCUAAGGCUGGGUCAGCACCUCACAACACUCGCAAAUGCCCAGUACGCAGGCACGGCCGACAAACACAUGCCACGCGCACGAGGUUGAGCGCGAGCGAACGGCGGGCAUGGGUAGAGACGAGGUUGAGAGAGCAGACAGGCAGGCAUUCCUUGCUCUCCCCUCGCGCGCGUCUCACAUUCGAACAGCAACAGGAUCUUGUGUCUCGACUCUCGCGGGCUGCGGCUGGCUCCGUAGGUUCGACACAAACCCCUCGCACCACGAGUAUGGUCUUAGCAACAAAAGUUUGUGUCACCUGCAGAGUCAAGCAGCUAUCUUUAGUCUCGCGGCUCGCCCCGUACGUCGUCAUGGACCUUCCGCACCAUGUGAAUGUUGACUCCAUCCAUCCAACACAUCAACAAGCACGGAUAUCAUGCUCGCGCGCCACGCCGCGCGAGCUUCUCGGUACUCUAGGUAAGCUCUCGCAGUACAGUACUAUGCCUCUUCACCCCUUCUGUGGCUUGUUCUUCCCUUGCAAGUGUCUUACGUCUCACGCUCAAAAAUCGUGAGCAAUGGCCUGUACCGCGCUCUUUGUGAGUAUUCAUCAUCCCUCUGUAUCAUCACUGUUUGCCGCCGUGACAUCAGACUUCCAGUCAGCGAGCAUGAUGAUUCGAGAUGCACCGAGUGUUGUUGUAUGACGUGCGGUGCUGCCAGGGUGGUAUCAACAGCUGAUGUGUGCAUCCAUGUGCUCACUUGUCAGUGAGCCCACUCUCCUGCGUGACCCAUACUGACUCGCGUAGGACUCGUACCCUCCGUGAAGGGUACGGGUCAGCUGUCGGAUACCCGGUGUUUCCCCGUGCUUUGCACGCCGCCGCCGCAGAAUGGGAGGAGUUUGGCUUUGUGAGGGCAUGGACGGUGGUCGAAGCGGUUAACCCCAGUAGUCAAUAGUUGAUGUACAUUAAUUAAUCAACUGGGUAGCAAUAUAUGGCAGGAUUACUGGAGACGA